AUGCCUCUCGCGCAACCCUCCAACCCAGACGAACAUGUCACGUCCCAAUUCUCACUCAAAGGCAAAACCGCAGCCGUAACAGGCGGCGUCCGCGGAAUCGGCCUAGCGGCCUCCAAAGCCCUCGCAGAAGCCGGCGCAAACGUCGCCAUCCUGUACUCCAGCACCAAAGACGCCGACGCCAUCGCCGCGUCCAUCGCCUCCGCAACAGGCGUACGAGUGCAAGCCUACAAAGCGUCCGUCGAGAACAAAGAAGAGAUAACCCGCGUCAUCAACACCAUCGCAAAAGACUUCGGCGGUCUAGACAUCGUCGUCGCAAACGCCGGCAUCGCAACACACCACCCAGCCGAAGACUACACCGAAGACCAAUGGCGCCACAUCAUGGCCGUAAACCUCGACGGCGCAUUCUACACAGCGCAAGCCGCAGGCGUCAUCUUCAAGCAGCAAGGCCACGGCAACCUCAUCUUCACCGCUAGUGUAUCCGCUAUCCUCGUCAACGUCCCGCAGAAACAGGCGGCGUACAACGCGUCGAAAGCGGGUGUUGUGCAGCUAGCCCGCUGCUUGAGUGUUGAGUGGGUGGACUUUGCGCGCGUUAAUUGUAUUUCUCCGGGGUUUAUUGCGACGGAUAUGCUGGAUGUGCAUCCUAAGGAGUGGAGGGAGAAGUGGAUGGGUAUGGUGCCUGCAGGGAGGUUGUGUGAGACGGGCGAGUUGAAGGGGGCGUAUGUGUUUUUGGCGAGUGGGGCGAGUAGUUAUAUGACCGGGGCGAAUUUAGUCAUUGAUGGGGGGUAUACACUACCGUAG